AUCCCCUAUGACGAUGAAAUAUAAUGUGAUAUCGAACACGUACCCAGCGAUGAUGUGGGAAAACCCUGGAACCGUGCCCAACCGACCAAUCUCCCACAUGGUAUAUAACACACGAUGAGCCCGAAAGGAUUUCUCGUAGGGUGCAUAAUGAAACGCAUUCAAUCGCAGUCUAGCCUGCCGCUACUCUGUUGGCUAGGUCUGACGAAAGUGGUACCGAACAGGGCGAGGACCGGUACCGACUGGCUAAAAUAGAUGACGGCGAGCGUCGGGACUGAGAACUCUUGUAUACACAGUAUAUGUCUUGGUUAAUCUGAGGAAUGAGAGUCCAGCGAUCACAAUCGUUUUAUCUGUACCGGACCGGCCUUGACGUCGGGAUCCGAGAAACUCUAGCUUCAGGACCACAUCAUAAUACGCACAUCCCGGAUCAUGCCUGAUAUAUCCGUGUUCUUACCGUUUCCACGUCUCCCCAUCGAGAUCAGGCGCUUGAUUUGGGCACAUGCCUUGCCGAGGGGUCGAGUCCAGCUAUUUGCGAAGAGCGUGCCGUGGGAAAACUGGCGUCUGCACCCGCCGUUAAUUGCACAUGUGUGCCACGAAUCACGAGAAGUUGCCCGAGACCUCGCCGUGGUUCGCGGCUUUCCCACUGCUCGUGACAAGCAUAAUGAGACAUGGUUCAUCGGGUCCAGAGAUGUUCUCGAGUUAGCCAGCGGCUAUCCCUACCCGUUGUCAAAUCCGGAACCCUUUUUCGCCGCAGCUGAGGCUCUUGCCAUUAAUGCUGGUGAUUUUAGGGGCGACAUCAGAGCUGUUGUCAGGGAUCUGAUUGGGGGCACCCGGUUUCAUUCAGUCAAAGUUGUGUAUCUUGUUGCCGAACAAAUCAGCACAGCUUACUGGCCACGAUUUCGGCCGGACCUCACAGACAAGGACAAAGGAAAGGGUACCAUUCUUGAUCUGUGCGACAGCGAUGACCUCCAGAGCAUUGCGGCAUACAAAGCCUGGGCGCGAACCCAGGAAAUGUCUCCUGUAUUUCCCAACCGCGAAGAGGUCGAGAUGAUCUUGCGAGCUGCUCUCGAUGAGCUCGUUGUGGAGGAGCUCAAUGCAUAUCGGCACUACAUGGCGUUGGAAUCCCGAGGGGCGGCUGUGACUCAAGACGUGUCUCAGCCACACCAACCCCUCUAUCGCGAUGACCCUUGGAUACAACAACAAUGGAAACGGCUUCCGGACUUUCGCCCGGCACUUCUAGUGCUAGGGUGGUCGUAAGGGAGGAGAUGCAGCAUCAAAAAUAUAUAUAGCCAUGAUGAGCAAUCUAUUGGAUACAGAUUCCAAGGCACAUCAUUAUUGACGCCCCCCUUCACCAACACCGCUAUCCUAUAAGUACCACAGCUAUGGCUGCAGGUACGCUCACUCU